CACACACACACACACACACACACACACACACACAUGCAAAAUGCAAAUACAUGUUCUCUCUCUCACGCUGAGUGUGUAAGUGUGUCUCAGAUCGAUGCUCUUAGUUCCUCCUUUAGAUGCUGGAGGCUUGCUGGCGGAUUAGCUCUCUCUCACACACACACACACACACACACACACUCUGGAUGCAGGCAUGAGUGCCGGGGACGUGGUGUGUACCGGAUGGCUGGUUAAAUCCCCACCGGAGAAGAAGCUCAAGAGAUACGUGUGGAGGAAACGCUGGUUCGUUCUCCGGCGUGGACGGAUGAGUGGAGACCCCGACGUCCUGGAGUACUUUCGCAGAAAGACUUCUCGGAAGCCCAUCCGCUCCAUCGACCUGCAGGAAUGCGAGGUGGCGGCCGAGACGGACUCGGGGCCCGAGCUGGAAUGGGGGGCGUGGCCUGUCAAGCGGCACCUGGCCAAUCAGCACCUGUUCUUGGUGAAGACGUCCACGCGUGUGUUUUACCUGCUCGCCAAGACGGCCGAGGAGAUGAACUGCUGGGUGAAGAAUAUUGGUCAGAUCUGCACCUUCAGCACCUUCAACCAGAGUACAGGAUCUGAGGACAGUCUCGCCCACACUCCUUCCUCCCAUCAGCCCUCUCCUGCGCUCGCCCCUCACGCUCCCUUCUCAGCCAAUCAGGACGCGGUUACCGACAGCGACUCGGCCGUCAGAGACGAGCCCGGCGAAUCAGAAGCCAGCAUUCCACUCGACUACCUCUUUUUGUCCCAGUGUGAAACUGGCAGCAAAAGCAUGAGCAGGUGUGGCAGCAUGUCCAACUCGGAGCGUUCGUUUGAGCAGAGCUCGCUGGAUAACGUCACCGAUGACGUCUUCACCCCUCCAGCAGGUACAGACUCCACCCCCUCGCCCCUCAGCGCCCUCUACGGUACCCGGCCCCUCCUGUCGUGCCCCGCCCGCGGCACGGACGAGGUGUUCCUGUUCGAUGGCCCCCUCUGCGGCGCACCGCCUCCGCUCCCCCCGAAACCGACCCACAUGUCCGAGGACGCCGGGAGCAACCAGGGGCAUCCGCACCUCCUUCCACGCAGGACGUCACUGUCAGGGGCCGAACAUUUCAGGAGAGGCGACUUUGAGUUCAGUGGGAGAAAAAAUUGGAACAAAAGACUCAGUUUGAACCUGUCAACACCAACGUUUAUGACCUACACUCAACCCGAGAGCCAAUCAGACGACUUCUCGUACGUACCCAUGGCAUCUCCGCCAGUCAGCAGCUCCGAUCCUGAAGCGGACGGCUACAUACCCAUGAGUCCUUCCACACUUCCGGUCUCGCUGUUGACCAACGGGAAAGCCGACUCGCCCCUUCCUCCCGUCCCAGAGAUGGAACCCCCGCCGGUCAACCGCAGCCUGAAGCCGAGAAGACGGGUGAAGCCACCGCCCCUGGAUUUGUCAACAAUCAGCGAGUGCCCCACCCACCUCCCUCUGAUUCGCACCAUGACUGAACCGGGCCCCUCGCCUCUUUGUGUUCCGUGGGACAGGGGGCGAAGCCUAAACGGGGCAGAACAAGAAGGAAACCUCACACCUACGACCUCGUUCUCGGGAUGUGACUCCGCCCCCUGGUUCAGACAAUCUCACCUGGAUUACCUGUCACUGGACUUUAACUCCUCCUCCCCCUCGCCUGUACAGAAGAAGCCUCUGUUAGACGAGCAGCGCGUGGACUACGUGCAGGUGGACGAGAAGAAGACCCAGGCUCUGCAGAACACCAGGACCGAGUGGACGGACAUCCGGCAGUCCAAAGUCUGAAGGACCGAGAAGAAUAAACUAUUUCUGAUGCAUGAUGGGAAAGAAUCUGGACAGAAUCAGAUCACUGUAAUGUCAAAAGUUACUAACGGAACUCCCCACACAGACGGCUUCUACUGAACGAAUUCCACCUCAACCUCACGCAUAUAUUCCAGAUUAUUCCAGAUUAUCUUCUGCUGAAUGAUUCCUCUCUAGUGCCACGCCCGGUCAGAAAUCAGAAGUCGCUUCGCUGCUCCACUUUGCAUUACUGCUGCCGCCGUGGUGAUUCAUAACGACUCGGGGAAUCUGAUUGUGUAUUUUAUAAUUACGAGGGUUAUGAUCGUGUAUUUCAUGUUCUUUCUGUUCUAGGAUUGAGAUGUUACACAGAUUCACGUUCUGGCUGAACAGGGUCAGAGGGUUUUUGGGGUUUUUUUUUAGUAGGGACCAAAAGUCUGAAUCCACCAUCAUAAAUCACGUUUUUUAUCCCAGUAUUUGUUUGUUUUUUACUCUACAUUGUCCAGAACGUUCUUUGCUCUACGAUUGUUGGUACCUGACGCUGCUGCUGAUGUGAAUCCACUAUUAGACAAAAUGCAGACAAAAAUAUUAAAAUAAAAACGCACAAUGCAGCAUGCUUGUCACCUUUACUUCUUGCAAUCAAUAUGAUUGGUAUAAUGCGAUCAAUUGGAUUUUGCAGCAUUUCACUUUAUGAGCACUAUUAUUUUCACACUAGCUAUCAAACUGCACUGAUUGGUGUGUUUUUAUCGGUUGCAUCUUCACACCAGCCAGCAGUGGAUUCAUUCAAAUGACGACGCUACUCCAUACGAAUUAUUAGUACCUGGAAGUCCGGCCUUCCUUCACUCUGAUGUCUGGUGGCGUCGUUGAACUUUAGGGUCGAGCCUUUGUGAACUACUAUUACAUAACUACUACUGCAGGGAUCCAGGGUUCAAAUCCCCAGCAUCACUAUCAGCUGGUUGGGCAUCCUGUUCAGGGUGUGUUACUGCACUGCGCCCUCUGAUUCCAGGGAAACUGGACUCACCACAACCCUGACCAGGAUCAAACCAUGGUACAACAAUGGUGGUAGACUCAGACCUUUGUGUUACUGUCUUCUAGUGACUGAAUCUUGUACAUUUAAAGAAAAGCACAACGAAAUUCUGGAGUGUGUAUGAAGUGUGUGUAUGAAUGCGUGUGUGUACAAUAUAUAGCCAAAGGUACGUGGACACCCUUCCUAAUUAUUGACUACUGAAGGCACACAAAGCAAGGCACAUUAUAAACCCUGUGACGAGCCUUUCCAGAAGAGUGGAGGCUGUUAUCGCUGCACAGGAUAGGGACCUUAGUAAGGGCUGUCCAACAAACGAUAUUUGUGUUCAGUUGUGUGUGUGUGUGUGGGGGGGCUGUGCAUGUUUAACCAGCAUCUACCAUUUAACUGUGCUGUACACUAUAAAAUCAAAUUAUUUUCGAAAAUAAAGGAAUAAAUGAUAAAAUAA